CGCGCGGCCGCGCCUCUCGGGAAGCCUUGCGGCGACGCAUACGCCACCGCAGAUGCCGCGGAACCGCCGCAGAAGCCGCUGCUGCAGAAGGCGACGCCGGGCGAACUGCUCGGCAACGGCGGCUCGUCGCAGUCGCCGGACGAGGCCUCGCCGGCCGUGCUCGAGGCGAAGUCGGCGAAGAGCCGCUCCGCCCCGGGCGCGCUCAGGUGCUCGAGCUGCCACAUCGAAGCCCUUGAUUGGGCACCAGGGGCACGCUACUUCGCGGGAAGCAGUUGCAAAAUGGCGCGCUCUUACCUGCUGAUAAAAAGAAUUCGCGGCUUUACAUACGCGGAGAUCCAAAACGAGGCGCUCACACCUGCUUCUAAAAAGAAUUUUACAAGAAAGCUCCCUCGCACAACACUGGGCACGGGACAGGCUCGCACUGGCACUAACACAGGGUAUUUCUCUCGCGUCGGCUCCGCCGAGCGCUGCACAGAGACCAUCUUCACUGACCACAACAACAAACUUUGGUAUUGCUAA